AUUGAGGAGGUCUCAGAAGAAACACAAAUAGUCAGCGGAGACCCCCAACCUGAAUUGCUCACUCCACCUGCCAAAAAGAAGAAAACGACAUUCCUUUCUGAAAAAAAUGCAAAGGCAAGAUGCGCUAAUCCAACUGUUCUAAGUUCUAAUGAUAAACCAGGGUUAUCUGCACAGGCAAUGGCAAGACAAAGAACAGAAACAUUUGAUGCUGCUUCAGAAAUCUAUGGGGCAACCUCCGAAAAUCCCUUACCUACUUUAGUUGGUCUUUUGGAUACAGUGGAAAAGAAGUGCUCACAGGAAGUUCUUGUCAAGUUUAUGUCGACUAGUAAGAAAUUUAAAAAUAAUGUAUUUUCUGUGAUAUUUAAAACUGCUUCAGAUAACUUUGAACAAUCAGAAGCAAAUAAACUCCUAAGUAUUGCAGUUUAUUACAGUAAAGGAGUGAUGGGCAAGAGAAAAUAUAGAUCAACCUAUAGAUGUUUGUCCAUGAUGAGAAACCCAAAUGGAAAAAGUAAAACCACUCGUAUUAAAGUUCUGUCAAACCCACUGCCUAGACUACUUCCUUACAACAAGCUUGCUUCUAUGCUCAAUGAAAUUGAAAUAGGAAUGCUGUAUAGUGUUCGCGAUACUUUGUGUGAUGAUUUAGAGUGUGGAGAAAAGGUGGAUGGUUGUUAUAGGAAAUUGAUUGAGUUUCUUCCAAGGUUGGCACUAUUUUAUCUUUCUGCCUUACCUGCAUCUGAUAUAGAUUGGUUUAAUGAGCCUUAUACCUUUCAGGUUGCUAUUGGUGGGGAUGGGGCCCCAUUUGGGAAAUUUGACCAGUCUUGUGCUUGGUUAGUUAGCUUUCUCAACAUCGGUCAUAAGAUUUUAAGCAGCGAGGAAAAUUUCCUUAUCUUUGGUAGCAAUUGUAGUGAAACAAGCCCAGCAGUUGCCAAGUAUAUUUCAAUGAUAACUAAAGAGAUUGAGGACAUUGAAAAGGCUUCAUUUAACAUUAAUAAUAUGGUGAUCAAGUUUAAAUUUGCAGAGCUUCCCAAUGACAUGAAAAUGUUGGCAUAUCUAGCAGGGGAGCUCCCAAAUAGUGCAAAGUACUUUUCAACUUUUGGCAAUGUUUGCAAUGAUGGUGUUCAUGAUGUAAGUAAAACCUUUGGCCCAGCCGCCACAAAUGCAUGGAAACCGUGGGAUUAUAAGCAACAAUUAUCUAUAGCUAACAAAGUUCGCGUUUUCAAAACAAAGUUGACCAAAAAGCCAGUAACAGAGCAGACUGCACGUAGCAAAGUCACAGCGUUUAUUGCAGGAUGUAAGAGUAGGCAAGAGUUUGACCCACCAAUUGGCAGGCUCAUUGAUAGGGCCCAUGCUGACCCUUUGCAUGUAAAGAAUAAUGCCUGUCAAUUGAUUCACAAGCAGAUGCUUUGUGAAGCAAUUGGUAAAUCUGCUCUUGGUGAUAAUAUAUCCAACUUUAAAGCG